GGGUAAUAAGCUUCAAAGCUUACCUUAGCAAGCAUUAAACACCGUUACUCCUAACUAGUUAUUCCAACUGUUCAACCCGUUCAAACUGUUCAAACUACUCCAGUAGCCUGUCGGACUUUGGAAUAAGUAUCCACUUACAGGAGUGAUUGUUACUACCUACUUACAGUGUGCACUGAGUCGCGAAAUAUCAACAUGUGCACUCCUGUUUUUUUCUAAACUGUAACUUGAAGUAUUUAUAAUGUCGUCGGCUUAGCCGUCUAAUGCCUUUAUUGCUCCUACAUAACUACGUAUCUUUCAACCUAGAUACCUACCUGGUAGCUUCACGACAGCUACAAUAAUCAUUACUUGGCCGCAACCAUGAAUACCGCAACGGUUUCUAUGGCAGUCACGCCGACUGUCUUGUCGACGUUCUUGUCUCAUUACCUAAAACGCAAACCUCUUCGCGAGCGCCCGACCGCCCAUCUCUCGUACGACGAGGGCCUACACCUAAUACGAUCUUUCCUCGCCUUCGCGUCGCACCACCCCGUCGAGGAUCUACAAGCUUUCACUGCACAAUGGGUGCCUCAUCCCCAAUGGGUCAAGGUAGACCCGGUCGAGGUCCCGGAAGCGAAACUCUUGGAAGCCGCGGAGAUCCUGCAAGAACAGUUAGGACCGGACGGUAUCAAAAAAGUAGGCGGCCGGAAUUGGUGGCAAUGGCGGAAACCCGGGAGCCCCCUGAAAGCGGAAUGGAUCGAGAUGAAGUCUGAUUACAAUGAACGCAAGAAAGCUGGUGGUACAUGCAAGAGGGUUAUGUUCUAUGUUCACGGAGGCGCCUACUUUUUCGGCAGUAUUGAUGAACAUCGCUACCAGAUGCAACGACAUGCGCGGAAGCUGAAGGCUAAGGUCUUUGCCCCCGAAUAUCGACUAGCCCCACAGUUCCCCUUUCCCUGUGGUCUACAAGAUUGUCUGGCGGCGUACCUGGAAUUGCUUACGACCCAGGACCCAACAACAAUUGUCCUCGCUGGCGACUCGGCCGGAGGAGGAAUGGUGCUGAGCAUGCUGGUCGUGCUGAGGGAUAGAGGCAUCCCUAUGCCUGCCGGCGCUAUUCUCAUCAGUCCUUGGGUUGAUCUGACGCAUUCUUUUCCGAGUGUCUCUGACGAUUGCCCCCUGGACUACAUACCCCAAUGCGGCUUUCAUCACAAGCCCUCCAAGGCCUGGCCACCUUUGAACGCGGAUGAAUACGCGGCAUUGCAGGAACAGGUUGCCAACAAAACCAAACCUGGCAAAACCAAGUUGGUGAAACCAGCAGCGAUGGAGGCGAAAGAACUUCCUCAGGAUCUCGGAGAGCUGAAUGCCACGACGGCGACGGAUGGUGGUGAGCCAUCUGAUAGUCGUGCUGAGACAGGAUGUAUCUCUGUUAUGCUUGAUGGAAAAGAGAUCAAGCUCAAGGAUCAAAUCCAAAUGUAUACGACAAACGAGCUCUUGGCUCAUCCUCUAGUUAGCCCCAUCAUGCAUGGUAGCUUGGGUGGACUGCCACCCUUACUGAUCAUGACAGGAGGCGGCGAGAUUCUUCGAGAUGAGCAGGUAUACCUCGCUCACAAAUGUGCGAAUCCAGAGCAAUAUCUACCCCCUGAGUCUUCCAUGACGGAGGAGGCACGAGAGCAACUGUCUCGGUUCAAACCAACCGAUGUGCAGCUCCAGGUCUGGGAUGAUUUAUGCCAUGUGGCAACGACCUUGAGUUUCACCCGACCCGCAAAAUAUAUGUACCGCUCUAUAGCCCAGUUUGGUGCCUGGGCCUUGGCCAGGGCUCAGAAAACAGACAUUGAGAUUCUAGAUGACGAUUCAGUUUCGGUCAUAUCGAUUUCGAGCGCGAGCUCUGAGUCGGAACGUGAUAACGAAAACGGAGAGGCCAAAACACCCGCUGAACCUGACGGAACCGAGACGGAGAAGGCGGAAGUAGGAAAAGCUGGGGACCCAUUACCCCGUUUCAAGAAUCACAUGAUUCGUCAGCGAGUCGACCGGCACGGAGUCAUCAGUCCAUUAGCACCUCCUAGUGAGCUGCCUGGUUGCAUGAUGGCUCGUGAACUAGUUGGCGUCGUCAAGGAAACGCCAGUACGAAGGUGGCUCGAAGUACGCGCGCAAUGGAACAAACGUUAUGGGAGCACUCGUACCAAGAUCCAUAAGCGACGGCUUAAGGAGAUGGCGGCAGGAUACGUGGGCUUCGAUGGAGAGACCCCGCCUCCCGCUGCGCUCGCUGGUAGACGCAAGGCUAGCGGUGACUCUGCAGAGAAGAAGAAGGUCAAGAGCAUGGGUCUCGCUCUUUGGUCGCUUUGGGGCUCGAAGCACGACGAGGCUACUAUGCAUCGGGAGCAUGGCAUGGACAAGACACCAAAUACCAAAGCCACUACUAGCAGAGAGGGAGAAGGUGCUCGUUCGCCAUCGGAUAUACAAGCGCAAGAGGAGGAUAUCGCCAGAGACGAGCUUAAAGCUAACCGAAGGAAAUCAAGAACGAAGAUCGUUCGGGACUUGAACCAGGCCAUGGAAGACGAGAACCCGAAUGGAAACACCGAGAUCUCCAUACUUAUGGCUCAAAGGGAAGGCAAGGCUGAGCAAGCUGGGAUGCAUUCCCGCGAGAGCAGCAUGGCGUCGGGCUUCCUCCCCCACAGAAUGGGCGUUGCGGGCAAGCGGCCCAUCGUUGGCGGCAUCGCCGUGCCGUUCAGCCUCGACAAGGAUGCGGAGACAGCCAGCAUGAUCACCCUGACAUCCGCAAUGGACCAGCCCGGACGAACCGCCAGCCCGCUACCCCUGACCCCCACUACGGACGCGUUCAUAACGAAUAGUGCUGCCGCAGGAGCCGUCGCCACCGGGGAAGCGAGGGACGAGGUCAUAGACCCAGAAGCCCUCAAGGCGCAACACAUCUACAUGAGCAGAGCCGACCCCGAGACCCCUGGUUUCGGCGACGUGUUCGCUACGCCGAUGGGUGAGAACGGCGCGGCUACGCCGUCGUUGCUCGGCGGAGGCGCGGGAUACAUGGAGCGCCCAAGGAUGCAGACGUUUGUUACUGCGCAGGAGGAUCUGCCUACUCAGAAGUGAUCCUUUUUUUCUCUCAAUAAAUUUCUUUCUCAAUUCUCGAUCCUUUGAUGUCUUGUUUUUUGUGUUUAUCUGUAUUUGUGGAACAUCGAAUCGAUCGCAUCGCAUCGCAUCGCGGGUGUUCAAGUUUUUUCAAAGCGGGAAUGGUGACAAUCAAGCAAUAUACCCAGUUUAUUCAGAUUUUCAUUUGUGUUAAGGGGUAUAUAUAUAUGUCGAUGUAUUUUUAACAAAUGCGUUUUUACUCUUUUUCUUGCAACAAAAGAGAUAUAUAUAGGUUUAUACCCUCUUUAGUAGUAUGUCGUUAAUAAGAUAGGUAGAAUUUGAUAUUUUUGCUUCGUCUUGAUCGGCUUGUGAGGAAUAUGAAUAUGAGAUGGUGUGAUUGUGGUAGGUCGUUUAUGG